AUAAAAUAAACCGUUUACUGACCUCUUGAAUAAAAAUAAGUAAUUACAACAAUGUACCGUUGACAUGGCAAGAAUUUUUCGAUUACAAAUAAUUAUUAAAUUAAAAAAAUAAAAUUAUAAAAAAGAAAAAAAAAUGGGAACAACUCAAAGUCGUUACGAAGAUUUAUCAAAAAAUGUAUGUUUGGAUCAAUUUUGUGGGACUGAAUCAAUAGGACCGAAUGACAGCUUCUGGAAUAGAUUUUUAUCGUUUAAUAUCCGGCCUCCAGUGACUAGAAAUGAUCAAAUUGAACUGGGAGCUCGAUUGGAUUCAACAUGCCAACGAUUGCUUGCUAAUAAUUUAAAUACUGGUAAUUUUGGUUCUUUGAUAACAGUCGCAUUGAUGAGAACAAAUGAGUUAUUAAAUUCAAUACAGACUCAAAACAGUAUUAUGUCAGCUUGGCAAACAUAUAAUGCACUAUUCGCAGUAAGAUGUAUUUUGAAAUAUUUGGUUGAAACUGUUGGAGAAGAUGCGAUGAUAAAACAUACAGAAGCUGUGCCUGAUAAUUUAGAUGAUGAUCAAGUUUAUUCAGGAAGACUUGAAUCAUUUGUUGAAGCUCUUAUAGAAAUAAUUAUAGAUGUGCCUUUGUGUGAAUUCACAUAUGUCGUACAUCUAGAAGCUAUUAAUUGUUUACUUGUCUUGCUCUCAGUGCAAUUAUUUUCACAAACAUCAGCAGAUUACAGUCCAAUUUACAGAAUAAUAAUGAGUAAUGAACAUACAGUACACGCGCCAAUCGUCAUCUGUACAUUACUUAAUAAUUUUGCACAACAAGAACAUGCACCACCUGGUUUACUAGCACGUGAUUCUGGUGGUAGCAUCGUUUUUAGUAUUGCCGCCGGACUAUGGAACGUCAUAACUCGCGGUAUGGGCAACAGUUUUAAAAAUAUCCAAGUAUCGAGUAACGGUGUCGUGGAAGAUGAGGAAAAAAAACGUGAUAUUGAAACACCAUUGGCUAGUCAAUCAUUAUUAUUACUCCUAGUAUUAACAAACCACUGUACCACGACAUACAAUCCAUAUCGAGAUGCACUAUUUUCAUUCACAAAUAUCCAAUCUGAUCAGUCGACAAUGCAGACAAAAUCCGUUACGUCUUUUCGAUUUAAUUUGGAUAAAUUGUACAAUACUAUUUGUAAAGUUACGAAUACUGACGAAGUUACUCUAUUGUUGUACAUGUUACUGCAUCGUAAUCCAUGCGUGAAAGAGCAUAUUAUCAAACGAUCGGAUAUACAAUUACUUGUAACGCCUAUUUUACAAAUAUUAUAUCAUGCACCGGACAAUACAUCUCACCAUAUUUAUAUGUCAUUGAUUAUUCUUUUGAUACUUAGUGAAGACGAAUCAUUUAAUAAAAGAAUUCAUGAUAUUAUGUUAAAAGGAGUUCAUUGGUAUACAGAAAGAUGUAUAAGUGAAAUUUCAUUAGGUGGUCUUUUAAUUCUUGUUGUAAUACGGACGAUACAGUACAAUAUGUUGAAAAUGAGAGAUAAAUAUCUUCAUACAAACUGUCUAGCAGCAUUGGCAAAUAUGUCAGCACAAUUUCACGCACUGCAUCCUUAUGUAAGCCAACGUCUGUUGAGUUUAUUCGAGACUUUGGCAAAAAAGCACAAUCGACUGGAGAUUAAAAUCCGUUCGCACUUUCCGACCCCCUAUCAGCCUCCCGAAAAAACAUCAGCAUCUACCUCCGUAAGUUCUCUGACAAACGGGGACUUGACAAACACCGACGACUUAAUUCAAGAUCUAACAAUACUCGAAGAAGUUCUUCGCAUGGUGCUCGAAAUAAUAAACAGCUGCUUAACUCAUCGUCUUGCCCACAACCCAAAUUUAAUUUAUACCCUACUCUACAAAAGAGAUAUUUUCCAACCGUUUCGUACACAUUCCGCCUUUCAAGACAUCAUACAAAACAUCUACUCUGUAAUUAAUUUUUUUUCAUACAAAUUAGAGCAAACAGACCAGUCUCAAAUAGGAGUAAGCCAAGUACUUACGACAAUACAAGACGGAACAUUGCACUGGCCGAAAGAUCGGUUAAGAAAAUUUCCCGAGUUAAAGUUUCGUUAUGUCGAAGAAGAACAGCCAGAAGAAUUUUUUAUACCUUAUGUAUGGGGUGUUGUUUGUCAAUGCGCGUUAUUACACUGGAAUGCGGAAAAUAUUAAAUUAUUUACGCCUAAUAAUGGUGAGCAAACGACCAUCGUUGUUUGCUGAUAAUAAUUUAUUAUUGUUACUCAUUUAUUUAUUUAUUUGAUACAUUCAUUAAAAAAUUUAUUACUUAUUUAUUAUAAAUUAAUUUAAAUAUUUCAAAUUAUAUUCCAAGUCAAUUUAAAAAAAAUUAAUUUUUCGUUAAAUUUAUUUAUUACCCGGAAAAAAUACUCUGAUAUGGUCAUAUAUGAUACUCAUGUUGAUCAGAUAUGAGAAAUGGCCAUGUAUGACCAUCUUGACGGGUAGAAAUUUUUUUUAUGUAUUAGUUAUUAGUAGGGACAAGAUUUUUGCCUUAAUUUUGAAAUGAGUAGUUAAAAUUUUUGAUAUUCCAGCGAAAAUAUUGGUCUUACAAAAAAAGUUUUUAAACAAAAGUUGUAGGAAAUUUAAUUUUCUAAAAAAAUGUCUCUUAUGAUUUUUUUAUACGACCAAUAUUUUCACCGUAAUUCCAAAAUUAAGAUUCAUAAUGAAUAAUUCAAAUUUUUGUUAAUUAUUAAAUUCUUAAGUUUGAAAUUACGACUUCCUUAUUGGUCCUGAGAAAAAAUGAUAAGAGACAUUUUUUUUAUAAAAUUGAAUUUUGAACAACUUUUACUUGAAAAACUUUUUUAUACGACCAAUAUUUUCGCCGGAAUAUCAAAAAUUUGACAUCAUCAUUAAUUGUUGCAUUUUUAAAUUAAGGAAAAAAUCCUGGCCUUAGUUACUAGUCUUCAUAUACAUUUACAGAUAUGAUUCUGCAGUUUUGAAAUUAUAUAUGAUCAUAUAUGACCAUAUAAAAGUGUUUUUUCCCGAGAGCUCAUACGAUAAUAUCAGGUAUGAUUAUAUCUGGUCAUGCCUGGUUAGAUGUAGACAAUAUUGUAUAUGAUCAUAUAAAAUAUAUAUGUGAGUAUGAUCAGAUAUGAUUCAUAUGUGAUCGGUAGUUAAUUUAAACUUGAUGAGUAGGGCCAGGAUUUUUGCUUCAAUUUAAAAUCAACUAAUAAUAAAUAAUGGUGUGAAAUAUUUGAUAUUACGGAAAAAAUAUUGGUCGUAUAAAAAAAUUUUUCAAAUAAAAGUUGUUCAGGAUUUAAUUUAAAGAAAAAAAUGUCUCUUAUAAUUUUUUCUUAGGACUAAAAAAAAGCCGUAAUUUCCAAAUUAAAAUUUUCAUAAUUAUCAAAAAUUUGAAUUAUUCAUUAUAAAUCUUAAUUUUCGAAUUACGGUGAAAAUAUUGGUCGUAUAAAAAAAUCUAAAGAGACAUUUUUUUUUAUAAAAUUAAAUUCUGAACAACUUUUGUUCAAAAACUUUUCUGAUAAGACCAAUAUUUUCGCCGUAAUGUCAUACAUUUGAACGAUUAAUUUCAAAAUCAAGGCAAAAAUUUUGUCCCUACUGAUGAGGCAUAAAAUCUAUGAUCAGACAUAAUUGCGCCUGACAUUCACUUAUGAGCUCGCGGAAAAAAUAUUUAGAUGUGAUCGUAUGUGAUCAUGUGGGAAUUUAAGUCUGAUCAGACAGCUACUUAUGCUGAUAUCUAACAAGGUUUUAAAUUCAUUCAUCUGAUUAAAUCUAAUCAAAUUAAUAUCUGAUCAUUCUUGAGCAUAUAUAAUUAUGCUUGUCAUCAUCGAUGAUCACUAGGUGUCAAAAAAAUAAUUUUUUUUGUUUUCAGGUUUCAUAGUCUCAAAAGUUUCUUUGGAAACUAAAAAAAAACCUAAAAAAUUAGCUCGAUAUCUCGAAAAUUGCGCUGGUGCUUUACAAUUUGGCAGUGUUACAAUUCUGCUCACAACAUCUCUGCUCAAGGGAAGUAGCUACAACUCUACUUACAACUUUACUCAGCCUCAACUCUACUCACAGUUUUUUUUACUCAGGUUCAACUCUACUUAGUUGUAUCUUUACUCAGCUUCAACUAGACUUAGCGACAACUUUACUCAGCUACAACUCAACUUGGGUAUUUUAGCCUAUCGAUAAAAUAGCAAUUCUUUGUGAGUAGAGUUGAAGCUGAGUAAAGAUACAACUGAGUAGAGUUAAACCUGAGUAAAAAAACUGAGUAGAGUUGAGGCUGAGUAAAGUUGUGAGUAGAGUUGUAGCUACUUCCCUUGAGUAGAGAUGUUGUGAGUAGAUUUGUGUAUAUAAAAUACACGAAAAAAAAAUU